CCACAGUUUUUUUCCGGGUGAUGAAGGCGGUUGUCCCGGAUGUAAUACCGGCGAAAGCAUCUUUCCUUUUCUUCCCCGCCUGACUCUGGGUUCCUAGGUGAGCGCCGGCGGCUGGAGGAAAUCCACAGCCAAUCAUGCCAAAGAGGAAAGUGACUUUUCAGGGUGUUGGAGAUGAGGAUGAUGAAGAUGAAAUCAGUGUUCCCAAAAAGAAGCUGGUGGACCCUGUGGCUGCAGCAGGUGGUCCUGGGAGCCGCUUCAAAGGCAAGCACUCUUUAGACAGUGAUGAAGAAGAUGAUGAUGAUGAGGGGUCCAGCAAAUACGAUAUCCUGGCCUCUGAGGAUGUAGAAGGUCAGGAAGCAGCUACUCUCCCUAGUGAGGGCGGUGUGAGGAUCACACCCUUCAACCUGCAGGAAGAGAUGGAGGAAGGCCACUUUGAUGCUGAUGGCAACUACUUCCUGAACCAGGAUGCACAGAUCCGAGACAGCUGGCUGGACAACAUUGACUGGGUGAGGAUCAAGGAACGGCCACCUGAUAAACACCAGGUUUCAGACUCAGAGGAGGAAGACAGCCUGGGUCAGACUCCAAUGAGCGCCCAAGCACUCCUAGAGGGACUUUUGGAGUUGUUAUUGCCAAGAGAGACAGUGGCUGGGGCCCUUAGGCGGCUGGGGGCCCGAGGAGGAGGCAAAGGGAGCAACAGCAAGGGGACGGGACGGCCCAGUUCCCCCCAGCGGCUAGACCGGCUGUCUGGGUUAGCUGACCAAAUGGUGGCUCGAGGCAACCUUGGUGUGUACCAGGAAACAAGGGAACGGCUGGCUAUGCGACUAAAGGGUUUGGGGUGUCGGACCCAGGGAGCCCAUGACCCCACACCUCCACCCUCCCUGGACAUGUUUGCUGAGGAAGUGGCAGAGGGUGAACUGGAAACCCCAACCCCUACCCACAGAGAAGAGGCAGAGAAAGCAGGAGACGGUCUGAUGGAUGUGAUGUGGGAGUAUAAAUGGGAGAACACAGGGGACGCUGAGCUAUAUGGACCCUUCACCAGUGCCCAGAUGCAGACGUGGGUGAGUGAAGGUUACUUCCCGGACGGUGUUUAUUGUCGGAAGCUGGACCCUCCUGGUGGCCAGUUCUACAAUUCCAAGCGCAUUGAUUUUGAGCUGUACACGUGAGCCCGGUAAGGGUCCGGUGCAUCACAGCAGCCCCUUCUUUCUUGAACUUGGCAGAGGAAGCCCCAGCUGCCCUGGGCAGUGAGGAUGUUGGAGGCCACUCUAAAGCCAUUGUUUCCCAAUAAAAGCCUUGACUGUGCGAUGGCCAAGAGCCAGGGCUUCUCCAUAGCUCCUUUUGGCUUCACCUGGUAGGUCCCUGAGUGUUUUCUCCCGAGAGACUUCCUCACUUGUUCUCUCUGGUGUCUUGGACCACCUCAGUUUUGUUUCCCACCCUUGGAGGCAGAGGUUGGGCCUGUCAGAUAUCCUGUGACUUUCCUACUUAGACAACUUCUACUUGCUGUGUAAAAUUCCCUCCAUCACUCUUUGCUCCAGUCUCCCUUGCAAGUCCCUAUUCUGCUCAUCUUUGGCUUUUAGGACCUCAAAUGCUCUGUCCCGGCAGCCCCCUUGUAGCUGGGGCAUUGGGAGGACCUUGAAAUCCUAUCGAGAGAUUCUCUUAAACGUAUUCUCCUCUUUUCCACAGUCUGAUUUUUUUCACCCCUCACCCUCCCUGCAGCAGCUUCUGUAGCUCUUAGGUGAAGUAUAAACUUGGUAGCACUUCAAAGUUGCUUGGGCCACCAUGUGACACUGAGAGGGGCAAAGUGCAGUGGCCUAGUGGAGAUGUCACAUUAAUAGAGAGCUGGCCCAUGAAGCUAAGUCCCCUGACCUUUUUUGGCAUAAAGCUUUUUCUUGCUUGGCCUUUCAGGCAUUGUAGUGGUUAUUUCCUGGGCUCCCGCAUCUCGGGCUGGUGCCUUGAGGAAACAGCCGGUCUGCACCUUCCAGGAAUCUGGAGUGCAGUGGAGGGCUGUGGGAGGCAGGCAGGGCCUAAGUUUUCAUCCCACCAUGCUGCUCGGUUCACCUUGUCUGUCUACAGGAGGUGCCCAGGAGCUACAGGCUAAGAACUUGGGAAGUAGGGGCUCAGCUCAGGCUUGGUGGUAGGUAUUUGAUGCAGAGAUCUCCAACAAAUCUAACAAUUAGACUGGCUCCUGCCAGCCUAGAUUACAGUUGCUUUGACUUCAAGAAGCCCAUUAGCAGUAGGACAUUUAGUGUGUCACUAAGGCAGCAGAAACCCUCCUGGUGUUUGUAAGGUGUUCCUGGUUAAAGAGGAACUGGCUUUCCGAGAUACCUGGUGUCUUGGGAUGAGUAAAAUCGAGUCCCGUGGCCCGAGUGGCUGCUCACAGGUGUUUGGGGAGAUAGACACUGAGGUAUCUUCUGCUUUCCUCAGACUUGGCGGAUCUAAAGCUAAUUCUUCCCUCAUUGGUUUCGGAGUGCACUUCCCUGAUAACACCAAGGAGGGGGCAGAAUAUUGAUCCUUGAAGACACCCACAUCCUGAGCUGUGUGAAUAUCGCUUUAUGAGUUAUGUGGCAGAGGGAAAGGGUGAAGUGACAUUGAUGUUUUGUUUUAAAUUUUUGAGAUGGGGGGGUGUCCUCACUAUGUAGCCCUGGCUGGCCUGAAACUCACAAGAGAUCUGCCUCCCAAGGGUUGAGACUGGGAGAUUGAUUACCUUUGAUUAUUGGGGCCAUUGUAAUCACGGGGUCCUUACGCUGGAAAGGAACUGAACCCUAACGAGAGCAGAGGACUCUGAGAGCUGGAAGAGAUGCGUCAGGGUGCAGGUGGCCUGGAGAGACAGGAAAAGCAGAAGAUGGGUUCUUCCCCGACAGGUGCAGCCCCACAGUGAUAGCCCAGCUAACCCACUUUGGACGUGUGCCCUCUCGAACUGUAAGAUAAUAAAUGUGUCAAGCUGUUUAAGUUGUGGCGAUUUAAUAACGCACCAGCAGAAAGUGAGUGAGUAUGCACCCACGUACUCUCUGGAGAGAGAGCCACGGCCAUGUUAGAGCCAACACUGUUAGGGCUUCGCCAUAGAGUUCCUUGUCUUCCC